UGACAGAAAAAUGUUCGUUUUCUUUUUGCUAUUUUUGACUGCGGUUUUCGCAAAGGAUCCACAAUGCCCAGAAGGGUUUUCUCAUGUCAAGAGAGUCCCAACUGCAAGGAACAAUCAUACAAAGGACUGGUGUUUGGGCGUUUUCCAAUUCAAGAACAUGGGAAACCGAGACCGAGCUCGAUCAUUUUGCAGUUAUGUGAACGCUUCAUUGACCAUUCCAGAAAAUGAGCACGAGAUUCAAGUGUUUUCUGAAAUCGCCCGAGCUCAUGGAAUUGAAGCUCCUUAUGCUGUUGACGGUCAAAUUUCUCCAAAAUGCAACGGUCGUAUUAAUAAAGUCGAAAUCAUACUUCGUCAUCGAUUCAACAGUACAGAAGAAAAAGGAGAUUGUAAUAUCAAGAAUAAUCUAUUUUUGUUCGAUGAUGUCAAUAGUGACACUACAUUCAUGCUGAGCCAUUACAAACGUCGACUUCCAGCUGCUUAUAUGGUUCAUCAAGCUGACAAUGGUCCAAUAUUCCGAUUCGCCGCUGAUUGCAUUGUUCUAAAAUCUGGAAUUGUCAAGGCUAAUGGCACAGAAACAAGAAAGAAUUGGGGAAGUUUGGAGUUUUGUGUGGGAAAAAAUGCAGUGCAGGCUUAUACAGACGAUGAAAAACCAUAUGGAAACGACGUGGAAGCAGUUUUGUGUGGAAGACAUCCACUUUAAUUGUUUUGAGAAACUUAUAAGAAAUGUGGGUCCUAGAAAUGUGAUGCACCUUGUCUUUAGUUUUGAUUGAAAAUUGUCAGCUGAAAAAAUAAAUUUCAAUUUU